AUGCAUAUCGGUGCUAAAGUGUGCUUUUUUUGUGGUGUGAGCACUCUUCGUGGACCGCGACGAAGGAGACAGCGACCCAUACAAUCAUAUUUGUUAACAAAAUACUAUAUAGCUGAUCAUCCAAACAUAAUUGAAUAUGCUAACCACAUAUUUAACGAUCGGCUGAUAAUAGCGACUGACAGAAUUUGCAGACCGUGUUUGCAACGCGCAGAUCGAUACGUGUUAAGAGCUAGAAAAGCUCAAGAGGAACAGGAAACUGCUGUAGCAUUGCAACAACCAGCAAUCAUUGAUGUGCUACCCCCAUCUAAUUUGGAUCUUCUCAAAAUUCACCAACCUUCGGAAACACAAAGUGAUCCGCUAAUAUUUAAUACCCAAAUUGAUGUCCAAAAUGUUCCAAUGAAGUAUGAAGUAUUCCCCGAAGACAUUCCUCAAGCACAAGAAAUGCCACCACCAGCAACUGUGCCGUUAGUACCUGUCCCGGGUUUCAAAUGCAUACCAUUUUGUGCAUCAAAAUGUAUUAUACCAGGUUGCAGGCACAAGACGUUACAUAGAAUCAACUUAAUGGUGAGAAAACAUAUUUUAUUACAACAAAAUAUAUACGUCCCACAUGGAGUCAGGGUAUGUGAUGAGCAUUUGGAAGCGGGAGCAUGGUGGAAAAAUUUGACGGCACAUUGUCAUCCUACAGAUACCUUUAGUAGUGCACAAGUAGCAGAUAUGUCAAAAAUAUUGCAAGAAAACUGCUUAACAUAUCUAAAUUUAGAUGAUAUAAACUCGGCUUUAAUAAAAAAUGCCUUG